AAGCGUUGCGUGCGGUUGUCUCUCUCCACACUAAUAAAACAAUUACAAGUACAUCAAAUAUUCAUUCUCGCUCGCUGACUCGUUUGUGUUGCUUACAUCGUACAUAUAUAGUAUAUAGGAAUAUAUAUACGUAUAUACACAAGCUUUAUUUUCCUCGUCGAUUUUACACCGAGCCAAGCCCACUGCGAAAUGUUUGUGCUGCGCACGUUGCUGCUGGUGGCAGUGAGCGCCACCGUGGCGCUGGCCCAGCGUCGUCUGGCGCUGCCUGAUCCGCGCAGCUGCGCCAAUCGUGUCCGACAUGCCACCUACCGAGAUGCCAGAGGCGUCUCGCACUCAUACUUCUUCAGCUGGGAGCAUGCGCCGACGCGCAGCCUGGAGGUGGACUGGCUGGAUGCACGUAACAUUUGCCGGCGGCACUGCAUGGACGCCGUUUCACUAGAGACGCCCCAGGAGAAUGACUUUGUGAAGCAGCGCAUUGCGCGUGGCAAUGUCCGCUACAUCUGGACCUCGGGUAGAAAGUGCAACUUUGCUGGCUGCGAUAGGCCUGAUCUGCAGCCGCCCAAUGAGAACGGCUGGUUCUGGUCCGGCUCUGGCGGCAAAAUUGGACCCACUUCGCAGCGCAACACUGGCGACUGGUCGCAAACGGGUGGCUACAAUCAGCCACAGCCGGAUAACCGCGAGGCGGCCCAGGGCAACGACGAGAGCUGCCUGUCCAUUCUGAAUAACUUCUACAACGAUGGCAUCAAGUGGCACGAUGUCGCCUGCCAUCACAUCAAGCCCUUCGUCUGCGAGGACUCCGACGAGCUGCUCAACUUUGUGCGCUCCCGAAAUCCCAAUGUGCGUUUGUAAUUCUAAAAUGUAAAACUUAAAUUAAGCCUACAAGGAAAAAACAAAAGAGAAAACAUAUUUAUGUAGCAUUAAACGGAGCAUUGUCUGAUUCGACUGUUUGUCUGAUUGAUCGUAUGCUCUACCAGCGCUUUUGGCCAAUUCCGUUCUUAUUUUUUUUUUAAAUGGUUUUGUUCGCAACAAAUUCUUUAGCAAAAAAUUUGAAUAACAUUUCCGUGUUGAUACGCGCAUGAAAAACAAAAUUGUUAAAUAAUUUUAAAAACAAAUUGUUAAUAAAUAUACAAAUUGAA